AGAUUUGUUAACAAUUACAACCUAGAGAAAACAAAGAAAUUACAUUCUUGGCCACUACUAGGCUAAUAACCGAUUGUUUUUAGGGAUGGCAAUGGGUCGGGUCGGGAAUGGAUAGUGCAUAUCCGUUACCCUACCCAAAGUAGUUCGGGUUUUACCCAUACCCAUACCCACAUAAGAAACGGGUAGAAAAUUCAAACCAUGCCCAUACCCAUUCGGGUUUCGGGUAACCACGGUUAUUCAUGGGUAAUGGUUUCUCUUUAUAACUUCAACCAAUAUAUUAAUAUUCACACGUAUUCUCACGUUACGUAAGACGAAAAGUACGACAAUUAUUCACUAGAAUGAACAAAAUUAAUUAAAACAACACAAUUUCAAAAAAAAUUAUAUUUAUAUGCUAAACAUAAAAUACGUUAGAGAAAAAUAUUGAUUAUUUCUAGACAAAAUACAUAUGCAUAUGUAUAAUCGGGCGGGUUCGGGUUGUAUAGUGAGAAAACCAUGCCCACCCAUUUCCCUCAAUAUUCGGGUUCGGGUUUUACCCGUACCCACAAAAAGUCCUUCGGGUUCGAGUUUUACCCUAUCCGAUUAGGUCGGAUUCGGACGGAUAUCCACGGUUACGGAUAUUUUUGCCAUCCCUAAUUGUUUUGCCGGCCGACAGCAGAGCGUCCAAACCCGGCCACCCGCCAGGCUAUCCCAUAAAUCCCCAAUCGAACUUCCCUUAACCGUCCAAUUGCCACCACAUACUCGCUUCCCAAUUUAAUACGUCUCGCUCGCGUUGCACACUCUCCACAGCCACAAAGUACAGCACUUCACUCCUACUGUUAGCUGGUAAGUCUCCCCGCGCCUUCUCCAUUCUUCGCCUCCCAUUUCCGGCCGCCAGGAGUUCUUAUUUUCCGUCAAAUUUCUGCAGAUUCUCUCACUAAUAACUGCCUCCCUACGCAGGCAGUGUGACGCUUCCCAAGUGCGGGAAUAGGAUUCGUGCGGGUACUGGUUCGCAGAAAUCCUCCUGUAUCAGUAGGAAAUUUGGGUUUCUGUUGAGGGUCAUCAAUUUCAAUUCUUUCCCCUUUUGUUGGUGUGUUGGGGCCUCUCGCGAUUUGAUCCAAUCACGAUGGCCUCUUCGAUUGUGAACGGAGCUGAAAACUUCGCUCUCCUUAGAGGGGUUGGCAUAACCCCAAGAGGGUUAGGCGUUGUGGGUUCAGAUUUGCAGGGGAGGAAUUUCCCUAAAUUGAAUUUAGUAUCUGUCAAUAGGAUGUCUAGGUGUGCGACAAUGGUGCCUAAGUGCAGCUUAUCUGCCUCCAGACCAGCAUCCCAGCCCAGGUUUAUACAGCACAAGCAAGAGGCAUUUUGGUUUUACAGAUUCCUGUCUAUUGUGUAUGACCAUGUGAUAAACCCUGGCCACUGGACCGAGGACAUGAGGGAUGAUGCCCUUGAGCCUGCUGAUCUCAGUGACAGGAGAAUGAUUGUGGUGGAUGUGGGUGGUGGUACUGGUUUCACCACUCUGGGGAUUGUGAAGCACGUGGAUGCCAAAAAUGUCACCAUUCUGGAUCAGUCUCCGCAUCAGCUGGCAAAGGCCAAGCAGAAGGAGCCUCUAAAGGAAUGCAAGUUUGUGCUGGGUGAUGCUGAAGACCUACCCUUUAAGACUGAUUAUGCGGAUAGAUAUGUAUCUGCUGGGAGUAUUGAGUACUGGCCUGACCCACAGCGUGGAAUCAGAGAGGCAUAUAGGGUCUUGAAGCUGGGUGGAAAAGCAUGUUUAAUUGGUCCUGUUUAUCCUACAUUUUGGUUGUCUCGCUUCUUUGCGGACGCCUGGAUGCUCUUCCCGAAGGAGGAAGAGUACAUUGAGUGGUUUACGAAGGCUGGGUUUAAGGAUGUUCAAUUAAAGCGGAUUGGGCCAAAGUGGUAUCGUGGUGUUCGUCGACAUGGACUUAUCAUGGGAUGUUCUGUUACAGGUGUUAAACCUGCGUCUGGAGAUUCUCCUUUGCAGCUUGGUCCGAAGGCUGAGGAUGUGUCAAAGCCUGUAAAACCGUUUGUGUUCCUGAUGCGCCUCAUUUUGGGUGCCAUGGCCGGAGCAUAUUAUGUAUUGGUACCCAUCUACAUGUGGAUCAAAAAUCUAAUUGUGCCCAAAGGUAUGCCCAUCUAAGGAGAAGAAGAGUCUUUUAGGAGUUGUAUCUUUGUAUGAGGUCUUCUUUGCACACUUGUGAACCCUCCUUGGAGAUCUAGUUUUGUGGUUUCAGAAGCUGUCAAAGUCAGUUGCGACUUGUGGGAUCACAUGAAUGGCGAUGUAGCCUAUCUUUCUCCAAACCAAAGCCACAUUAGCUAUUUGAUGUAAAAUCAGGCUGAUAAGUUCUUUUAUUUCUCUUUAUUUAUCUGGAGUUGUUGAAUACCAAGGUGAUUUCUUCAAUGUUAUAAGUUAUAACAACCAACAAUUUAAGCACAGAUAUUCUUGAUGGUUCAUAAUAAGCAAACUACUUGAGAACUAAUAAUGAUCGAGAAUGCGAAUGGAUACAACUCAUAAUGAAAAUGCAUGACAUCUUUCUCUCAAAUGCCAUGGCAGGUUUCUCUAUUCCUAUCUUUUUCCUUUUUCUUUCCUGCUCCCCUUCUUCUGCUGCGCCUCAUUCCUUAUGAAGAACCUUUUGCUUCUCCUGUAUUUUAUCUAUUAGUAUAUUUCUUGCUUUUCACCUUCAACCUGCCGUGGCUUUUUCCCCCCUUUCUUAGUACACACGUUGCUAUAAGAAAUUCUCAAAAUAGUAAAAUACAAUAAUUUUUUUAGAAAUUCUCAAAUUACGCAUGUUUUGGGGCAAAUCUCUUUAGACUAGAGUGAUCUGUUACAUAUCGCUUGAGAUCUCGACAAUUUCUAGCAGUUCGCACACGGAUCGCUUGAGACCUCAAUGAAUAGUGUGUUAAUAUAGGGAGGAAAAAAAUUCAAAACGACAGUAGCUUUAUGCUUGGUUAUAUGAUCAAUGUGCAUUGUUUUUUUAAUUAUUUUGCACAACUUUCCCAGAUCUUUGUAUCUGCAAACAAUUGAACGAGGUUUCUACGACUUUCAUCUCCAAAUAAGGUCAUUUGUUGCCUCAAAUUAGCCAUUAUUUCAUAACUUUUCGAGAUCUUUGCAUCCGCAAAAAUCACGAGUCUUGCACUACCGUGUUUUUUUUACGGAGCACGAAGUUAUAAGAAAUUUUAAGAAUACAACCGUCUUUGGAAAGCUAUCCAAAAUGGAAAAAAUUGCAAGCAACACCAAUCAUCUUCCAUUAUGUCACUCUCAACAAAAGAUACAUAUGGAUUGGAAUGAUGAUGAAGUGGAUCCAGAAGACUUAAAGAUAAUGAGGGAAAUAUAUAGAAACUACAUAACUGUAGAGGAAACAUAUGUCACUACUCAACAAAGGAAACAUAUUGCUUUCCUUCAAUUGAGACGCGAGAUCAAGUCAAGACCUCCUAGGCACAUCGAUGCUAGCAUCCAAUAAGAAGGGUUCAAGCAAUUGCUAGAAAUGUUCAUAUCAUCAAGGAGCCUUCUGAAGCCGAUAAAGGAAGUUCCAAUGAAAUGCGCGAAGGUUUUGAAGAGAUCAAGGCACAAUAAGGGCUUAUGGAGCAUUAAGAUUUCGUGAACCAUGUAGAAGAGGAAGAUCAUCUCAAUGCUAACAAGGAAGAAGAUUAUUUUAUUGUGGACCAUGGAGAAAAGGAUCAACAUGAGUACAACGAAGAAUAAGAUGAGUUAAUAACUCAAGCUUUGGAAGAAGAAGGCAAUAGACCCCCUCAAGAAGAUGCAAUGGAAAAAGAAAGCCACUCACAACUUGAUGAAAGCAUCAUACAAGCCAUGGAAACCAUGAUAGAGCAUCUUCAAACUAUCCAAGAAGAGAAGGAAAUUGAUCAACCUAUCAAAGAGCCUCUAGAAGGAGAUCAUCUGGAGACCAACGAAAUUUAAGAUGAAGAUAAUGAUCUUACAACUUCUUAAGAAAGAGGGGUCGAGAUA